AUGACAGUUGCUAAUGGUACUUAUGAAUUGCGAUACAGUGAGCCUGAGAUUCGUACGCAAGAGAGAAUUCUAGUAACUUCAAUGCGUUGUUGGCACUGCUUGCCCUUGCAGCGCUGCUUCCUAAUGCCAUCGGUGCGAUUCGAGACCACUUGGGAUGUUGCCUCGCUGGGUCUUUGUGCCAACGUCGCUCGUUUGUUACAUCUUGUUCAAAAAUUAGGAUACAAAAUGUGUCGUUGCUUCUGUAACUGCAAGAUUUUACAUGCCCGCCCCAGCUGCGUAUUCAUAUAUUGUGCUCUGUUGGUUAUUGGGGUUGCUGCGAGUGUCGUUGUAGUUUAUUACUGGUCGGUAAUUUCUGGAGAUUCUGGAAAGAAUGGUACUGACGCUUGGACGUGCUAUCGCUCUAGUUGCAGAAGGUGCGAACUCCUGGAAGAGCCAUCAAUUCAUCUAAACGCCUCAAUGUGUACAAAUAUAACUUACCUUUCUGAAGAUGAUGGAUAUUUAUAUAUUGUAACGGUGAAUGAAUUGGUUGUAACUAAUGAAACCUUAACAGAUUUAAAUCCUCUUCCAGUCUGCUUAGAAGAACAAAGUGUAGAACAAUAUGCUAAGGCUUGCCAUCAUUUAUAUGAUGUUAAUGCUACUAAUACACGUCUACAUGCUUGUGCAGUAGUGGAAGUUAUGAAGAAACUACAUAUUAUAAAAAAAAUUGAAUUCGGGUGUUUUGACAUUAAACUUCUUUAAACGGGUAAACCAUCAGCAGCUGUGGAAGAUAAUGCUGAACAUUCUGUGAUAGUAACCUGAGAAUCUGUUUGUUUUGUGAGUUGUAAAGAACCUAAUGAUUAGUUAUGUUCAAUAAUUUGUGGCAAUUGAAACUCAAGACUUUUGAAGGUCAUCUGUUUGAAUAUAUAUUGUAUUUUUUAUUUUAAUAUCUUCAUAUUUUAAAAAGUCAAUCAUGUCUUUUCUGUUGGUUAAAUUGAUAUUACAUUUUGAGUUAUGUUUACAGACAUAAUGCAUGUCAAAAUGUUUGUUUUAUUGCAAAGUGCCUUAAAAGUAGGUAUGUUUAGCUAAGUGCUUCCAUCAUCUGUUGCAAAUGUAAUAUUAUUUAUAGAUGUAAAAAAAAACAAAAAAAAUGUAAAUAAAUGAUCCUAUAGAUUUUCUCAUGGUAUGAUCAGAAAAUAUUGAUUUGUGAAAAGGUCUUUCUAUGUAUCUAAUAUAUCCAAAAUUGGUAAUAAAAUCAUUGUGAAACAUAAUUUUUCCAAUUAACAUAAUUGGCAUUUCAAAAAUCUGUUAACAGCAAGUCUUUUCAAAACUUUAAUUUGUGAUAGUUGCUAUGUUGGAGAUAUAAAUUGAUGAGCUCGGAGAAUAAGGGGCUGUCCCAUAUUGACCUAGUUUUGGAGUAUUGAGGAUUCCUCUAGAACUUUAAUAAAAUUCAGAAACUGUGGAUCAGUAAAAUCUUUCUGCAUUUUUAAUGUUAUAAUGAUCCAUUUAUACAUAUCACAAAACACUUGUCUUUUUCAUCUGUUGAAAAUGAUUUUGAUGUAAAUCAUUCUCUUUUGCAACAGUUGGUCAAUGUGCAUUUUGGCCAUCACAAAUUUUGGUCUUUUAGAUAUGUUCUUAUCCACUUUUCCUUGCCUUCAUUCUAACCUUUCAUUUCUAGUUCUCUGGAUCUCUUUUCCUAUUAUGUAAUGUUUCAUGCACAGGAUGAGCAUUCUCAUCUUCCGUAACCACCGAAGUUACGGUAACAGCACAUAGUUUGUCAUGUUAAUUUACCAUGCUAACAGCUACAAAACAAUGAACAUAAGCUUUGACUCCCUAUGGAGAUUAUUUAAUGUAAAAAAUAGUUAAAA